UUCCAAGCCAGCCGGCAAUCCCCAGCGCUCCGCGACCGCCCCGCCGAGGGGGCAGCGCUCAGCGGACGCCUCGCCGCCGCGCGCACCGGUCGCUGUCAAAAGCCGGCAGCCCUUCGACGCGCGGGGGACCCCAGCCCCAGAGAUCCCAGGCGCCGCACCACCAUGGGCGCCGCCACGUCCACCGAAAAUGCGCAACCGAGCGAGUCCGCACCGUCCUACUGGUCCAUCAUGCGCCAGGGUUAUGAGGAGCUGGUCAACGCGAUCAUCCGGCCGCCGCGCGCCGACUACGACCCCGCGAGGCUCGGGCCGACGGAGUUCGAGUUUUGUGGGAGAAGUUACAGGAGGGAGGACCUUGUGCUGAGGAACGCGCGGGGUUUGGCCCUACAGUGCUCGCACUGGGCGCCUCUUAACUCAAAAGGUGAGCCAUGUGUUGUGUUCUUACAUGGCAACUCCUCCGCACGGUUGGAAGGUUUGAACCAACUUUCAGUGUGUUUAGGAUUCGGCCUCACGCUCUUCGCCUUCGACUGCGCCGGAUCCGGUCGAUCGGAAGGCGACUACGUGUCGCUGGGCUAUUGGGAGAAGGACGACCUCAAAACCGUAGUCGAUCAUUUGAGGAGACAUGGGGUCAAGAAGAUCGGCGUGUGGGGUCGAAGCAUGGGCGCCGUCACCGCUUUACUCCAUCAAGCUAGGGAAGCGUCGCAAAAAACUACACCUUUGUGGGGUGAAGCACCACCUCCCAUAAAACAUACGACGAACGCCAUGGUUUUGGAUUCGCCCUUCGCGGACUUCUGCCAGCUGGCCGAGGAGCUCGUGGCCAAAGGUAGAGAAAGGGGCGUCGUCGUACCUACGGUAGUUACGAGACUAGCUUUGUCCAUGCUCGGUACCUCAGUACAAUCCCAAGCAGGCUUCGACAUCAGGGACCUAUCCGCCAUAAGGGAAGUGCCGCGCUGUAGACUACCGGCCCUAUUUGUGUGCGCGAAAAUGGACGAUUUUAUUGGUACCCAUCAUACCCAAGCCUUGCACGACGCGUACGGGGGCCCGAAGGAGAUCAUUGUCGCGGAGGGCGAUCACAACACCCUACGUUCGGCAAAGUCGUUGCUAGCCAUCGGGUCGUUCCUGAAAAAAGAAUUAGCACCGGACUCCACCAGAGACGCGGGCGAGGCCGUCGACGCUUUUGGAAGUCUGCCGUGGAGGAGGGGCAGGCAGAUCCGGGACGUGGGGUACGGUCCCGACGCGGUGGAUGCUUUACGUUCGAAGAUCGACGGGACGCUAGGCGGCCAGAAGGAGUCGAGGCAGUGGUGUUUGGAUCAAGCCCACUACUACUGCAAUCGGGGGAAUACGUUGGAGGAGUCAGGUAAAGUAGAAGCCGCUAUAAGGGCGUAUAGAGCGGCGAUCACGUAUCACGCGGCUUAUCCGGAUGCGCACUACAACCUCGGCAUUGCGUUGAAGAACCGGGGUUAUGUCGAGGAGGCCAUUCGCGAAUACCGACGGACGAUAGAGAUCAAGCCGACGCACGCCGACGCCCACAAUAACCUCGGUGUUGCGUUAGAAGAGACGAAUCGGGUGGACGAAGCGAUCCUAGCGUACGAGCAGGCUAUACUACAUAACCCGGACCACUCCGAGGCGCACUGCAACUUGGCUGAUUCCUUGCAAUCCGUGGGGCGGUUGGAUGAGGCCGUCGCGGAGUACCACGUGGCCAUCGCGAGGCAUCCCGGCGACGCCGAUACGAUAAAUAACUUGGGGGUCGCCUUGGAGGCGCAAGGGCGGUUGCAGGAAGCCAUUUUAGCGUACGGUACGGCCGUAGCAAACCGCCCGGAGCACUGGGACGCGCAGUGCAACCUGGCCGACGCGUUACAUCUGAGAGGCGAUCUCGCGAAGGCCGCGGAAGUCUACCGGUUCAUUCUGAAAUUCGACCCGACGAACGCGCAGAUCGCCGCUUCUCUCGGAAAUGUGUUACAUGCUCGAGGCGAGACGAAGGGCGCGUUAGAGGCGUACGAGGUCGCGGUGCGGGCGAACCCCAGAGAUACCAUAACCCACAACAACAUGGGUAUCGUAUUGCAGACGCUCGGGCAUGUUUCCAGAGCCGUCGAGGCGUAUGGGGUCGCGCUGAAGGUCGAUCCGACGUACGCCAUCGCGCACUACAAUCUGGGCGUGGCCUUGCAGUCGCAGCAGCGGUUGGACGAAGCAAUCAACUCAUAUGAAACAGCAGUAAAACAUCGGCCCCACUACGCCGACGCCUACAACAACAUGGGGUAUGCGCUACAAUCAAAAGGCGACUACCAGGCUGCCAUAAAGGCGUACGAGGAGGCCGUGCGGCUGCGGCCGGACUUCGCGUCGGCUCGCGCCAAUUUGAGACAUGCGAAGCGGAAGCUCGAGGGCGGCGGCGCGAAGAGCGUGGUCAUCGAGGUGAGCGAGGACAACGGCGCCGCGGCGCCGGCGCCCGCGGCGCCCGCGCGGCCCGUGAAGCCGCCUCUUCCCAAACAGAAGAGCCUCUUCAAUUCGAUGUUCGGGAGUUCCGGGUCAUCGUCAUGGUAUUAGUUUUAUUUCUUACA